AACAAAACAGGCAAUCAGAUAACUACAUGACAACUUGUGGACCAACACAAGAAAUAUGAGAGAUGCACUUUCUUCAGGCACAGACAAAAAAGUAUUCCUGAUUUAGGUGUUUGUUUAUUUUUUUUGAUAUCCCAUAAGUGAAUCUCCACCUAACCCUUAAAUAUAUUUGUUUUUGUUUAAAUGAAGGCAACUAAAACAUGAUUAAUUUCUUGUAAUCAAAUCUGGAUCUCCUCCUAGUCUUCUUGUUCCUCAGCUCUUCCUAGCUAUCUUCUUCUACUUCUUUUUGACAUAAAAGAAUCAGGACAAUAAUCUUCGGGCCAUGUCUGAUUAUGCCAAAGACGCAUGGCGGAAGUAUCUGAUUCAGCUCCAAGCUCACCCUUUACGAACCAAGGCGAUCACAGCUGGGGUUUUGGCAGGUUGCAGUGAUGCCAUAGCUCAGAAGAUCGCUGGAGUUAAAAAGAUUCAGUUCCGUAGAUUGUUUCUUCUUAUGUUGUAUGGGUUAUGUUAUGGUGGGCCAUUUGCUCACUACUUCCACAAAUUGAUGGAUGCUCUUUUCAAAGGCAAGAAGGACAACACAACUGUAGCCAAAAAGGUUUUGCUGGAACAACUUACAUCCUCUCCUUGGAACAACUUUCUUUUCAUGUCUUACUAUGGUUUAGUAGUUGAAGGGAGGCCAUGGAAGCUAGUGAAGCAUAAAGUUGGGAAAGACUUCUCUACCAUACAGUUAACAGCCUGGAAGUUCUGGCCUAUUGUGGGAUGGAUUAAUUAUCAGUAUGUCCCUCUGCAAUUCCGCGUCUUGUUCGGCAGCUUCAUCGCCUCCUGCUGGAGCAUUUUCUUGAACCUGAAAGCGCGAUCUGCAGUGAUCAAGAACGCAUAGAAACCUUAAUCUGGAAGAACACAAGCAUGUAUGUUAUGUAUAUUCAAAUGCAAUUCCUCUUUUUUCCUUCCAAAAACAAUUCUCUAGCCCACAAAGUAUACAACAAGAGAAGAAGCCACUCGUUGAUUGCUUAAAGUAAAGACUCUGUUUUCUUUUAUUAAAUGUCAAGAGAAAAGAAUAACUAAAUAUGAUGUUAA